GUACUUUGAUGGAGAACAACAACUCUACUGGCAGUGUUGGUGAAUACAGAACAAAGACUCAGAGAAAAAGAAAAGUAGAAGAAAUGUCAGGAGGAGAUACUGUUCCUUUAAGUGAGGACGAAUCCUCUACCAAGCAAAGCAAACUGACUGAGGCCCUUGGCAGUCAAAAAAUUCAUGCAGGUACUGGACUGAAAAUGGCUGCCUCUAGCAAUCCUGUGGACAAUGACGAUGGUGAAAAAAAUCCUAAAACCUCGACAAAUAGAAGAUCUUCAGAUGGCUUUGAGAACACUUCUCCAUUCGAAGAUUCUGAUGAAUGGUAUGCAGACAUUGCCUUCGCCAUUGACUGUUCUUCGGACGUAUCUGAGGAGAAUCUCAAGGCCCAGACUCGGUUUGUUAACUCAAUGGCUGAAUGUUUCAGUGUAACUCCGGGAAAAAACAGAGCUGCUUUGCUUGCUUACGGUGAAGAAAGUAAAAUAUUGGUGCCACUGACGGAGAGUUUCCGUCCCAACUAUGACCAACUGUCGAUCAACCCUGGCUGUUAUGGCUACGGUAGAAAAAUGAAAUCAGCUCUCGAGAAGGCAAAGGAGAUAUUCAAAGUUCCAAGUAGAAACCAAAAGCAGUUUGAUGAAGAGAAACAUAAACUACUUAUUCUCAUCACAUCUGGACAAGAAUCCAGGAUCACCCCAAAAGAGAGGGAUUCAGGUCUUCUUUCUGCCACUGCCGGGUCCCUCCAAGACAACGGUGUUAAAGUCGUCAUUAUCCCAAUUGGUAAAGGAGUCAACUUUGAAGAACUUGUUCAGAUGAUUCAACGUACCCAUCAAAUGUUUCCUCUAUCUUUGGAAGACAUGACGGAAACCAAAGCUCGUGGAACUGCAGAAGAAAUAAAGAAAACUUCAGAUAUCGUCGAAUACACAAGCAAUAAAGUGAAGGUAUUUGACAUUUUGAACUCAGAAUGUGAUCUUGGAGAGAAUAUCAUCGACUGCUUAAAUGUUAUGGAAGGCAUUUUUAACAUAUUGUAUCUGCCAGAGAAGCGUAACAAAGUAGUGGGUAAAGCUAGAAAGCGAAUCCAGGAGAGUCUAAACGACUUUCAUGGAAUGUUCUUGGAUAGUAGCAUUACGGUUAACAUUGCAGCUUUUGGCACCGAGGGGGUGGGGAAAAGUUCCCUUCUCAAUUUUCUUCUGAAUAACGGUGUUCCAGAGCUCACUGAAAGGCCUCUACCCGCGGGAAAAGGGUCCAGGAAAACUAGUUUACCAAUUUAUGUAAGGUAUGCCAACAUCUUCCAAGUGUUGUUGCACGAUAGUAAAGGAGAAGUUAAAACAGCAGUGUUAUACCCCAACCCAAACCUAGAGGGUCGAGACAAGGAUCCCCUAAACAAUGUUAGGGAUAUCAUUGCAGAUUUAUUUGAAAAGGAAGACAUACCAGACUCCUCAUACUAUUUAGAGUUACAAGGUCCGUUCCCUAUCCUUCAUGGUUUUGAAGAGACCAUAGUAACAAGCUGUGGUCAUUUUCAGUUACAAGUCAGUGUAAGACUAUUAGAUUUUCCAGGUAUUCGGAAAGAUGGGGAGGGAGAUGAAAGUCUUUGCAGAGAAGUGAGCAAAGCAGAUAUGAUUCUGUUUUUCACAUGUGGCCAGGGAGGACGAACAGUCACAACACAUGAUCUAGAAAAUCUGUUUCGCCAGCACGGACAUUUUCAUUUUUCAUCUAGACCAAAGCUUGUUCAUGUGGUGAGGGCAGAUGAAUCUGAUGACUUUAAAGGCUUGCUCAGUAAAAAUGAGAUGGCCCUAAAAAAGGCCUGGGAAGAUUUCCUCUUGAAGGAAAGCAGGGAAUUCACAGGAAAGCUUCCCAAACUAGGUGGGGAGGACCUAUUGAAAAAACUUAAAGAAGAAACAGAGGUUCUCGUGUUCCAUCCGGCAAACGACGAGUUUCUACCGGGCCUUAAGAAAGUAAUCCGUUGCCACGUUGAAAAUGUGAAAAUGAAAAAUUCGUUCUAUCCGCUAACCAAAUUUAUCCAUUCGAUCGCCAGACAACUUAAUAAUACAAUCCACUCAUACAAGUCAGCUUCCCGCAAAAGACUCGGGAAUGUGGCGAGUGCUGACGUAUCAUUCGAAAUCGAAUCAAAUAGCAAGGAGGCAAAGAGCGUUGUUCAGUCUUUUAUUAUCGAAGAUGGCAUUAUUAAUUGUAAAGACAUCAAAGAAGCCUUUGAAGCCUUUUUGCAAGCAGAUGAUACCCGCCAAUUUGUCUUAGAUCAACUGAAAACGUCGCUUGACAACCUCAGUAAGAGGAUAAUUGAAUCUGUAGAAGAUGGAUACCGUGCUAAAGCAAUAGAUCUGGAAGAUGGCCUUAGAGACCUGGCUAAAUUUUUCUGCCUUGGAAAACUAAAUCGUUUCUUUGCUCAUCAAGCUUUGCCCCUUUAUUCCUGGGUUUUAAAGAAAUUAAACCUAUCUCAGCCAAAAGAAGAGGAGGAAUGGCCAAAUUGUGACAAGGAAGACAGAAUUAACAUGCUUACCGUUUGUUUGGAAUUGAUCUUGACUAAAGUCUUGGAGAAACUUGGAAAAGUGCGUUUUGUUCCGGCUGAAAUGUCGCCAUUGGAGCUACAACAAGAGUUGAAGAAAGGUGUAGCGGAGAUUUUUGCCGUUCGGUCAAUUGAUCGUGUUGCUAGUGAUACUGAUUUUUUAAAAGACAAGUUAAAAAGUGUCAUCAAAUUUUCCUCUCAGACUAUCAAGACGUACAAUCCCCACUAUGACUUAUCUAGGUUAGCCUCGCUUGACCACGAGAAUGAAUUCCCUGAAUGCAUGAAAAUGCGUCCUUUGGACGAGAACCUAGAGAUCCCUCUAGAUCCUCCUGAUCCAGAAUCAAUAAUCACUUACGUAAUGCAAGUUUUAACCUCCAAAAAACAUGAUCCAGUCAGAGAAGUAGAGAAGAAGUUGAAGUUGGAAAAGCACGCCUUGGACCCACCCCAAGGUGUGGAUGCAGAAGAAUGGGUAAAAGCACUUCUUACCGUCCUAAGUGACGAGGACCAUUUUAAGAUCCCACUUGAGGAUACCUACAAACUGGUCGUUGAUAAAGAAUCAGUGAUUUCAGAUGCUAAACAGCGUCUUUUUCCAUUUCAAAGGUCACGUGUGGAAUGCCGGAUAGUAGAGAAAAGCACGAUUCUCGAGAAGGAAAUACAAGUGGAGAGGCGAACUGAACUUGAGAACGUACUUGAGGUGGCAAUGUCUGGUGAAACACGAAAGUACCUCGAAAGUGUUUGCGUAAGCUUCACUGACUUUCACACUCAACUUGCUCCGAUAUUUAUUCCGGUCACUCAUCCUGGACCAGAGAAAGAGAGGAAAGGAAAUUUUUCCUUGGAGGAAAACUACUGGAACCCAAGUGAAGUUGAAAUAUUCAACGAAGAAGACAUUGAAACUGCAAAGGACAGAGUUGCAACAGCAGAGGAAGAUAAAAAAAAAAGCAAGUUAGAAUUCAACAUUUUCCUUGUAGUAGAAAAGCAGCACUUGGAUAUCAUCAAGUCUUCAAUAAAAGAGCAAGAAUCGCCAGUGGACAGGAAAGUUAAUGUAUACUACGUAGUGUUGCCACAAAGUGGCCGUGGAAUGGGGGUCACAAUGGCAAUAAUCAAGAGCCUUGCGGAGUGCUUCAAAUUUGACGCGUACUGGAGAAUAGAUGACGACCUAAAGUUUAUGUACCAGUUCGUUGAAAGAGACCACCGCUGGCACAAAUGUUCCUUUGGCAGAGGGCUUCUGUUUGCUCAGCGGGCGUUCCAUCAGCGUCGUCAAGAGGUACUCAAACCUCUUUCAUAUGAGGACAUAGAAAAACUUGCAGACGAAUUGGAGGAAUCCUGGCCUUCCUUUGCUUCAAAGUCUCGCCAUAAAGCCCGACGUUUACUAUAUAAUGAUAAUGAGCUAGAGAAAGUAAAAAAAAAUCCAGGUCUUUUGCAUUCUCCCUUUACAAGUGAAAUUAUAUCGGAGGAUUGUGGUAGUGUCGAAGAUACGGAAAAGCUCAGAAAAUUUGAGAAAGAGUUUGUUGCUAAAUGCAGAGAUCUAAUAUUUCAGAGUUCUGCGGACCGCAUCGCUGGAGUCUCCCUCUCACACUUAACGACCAGAAAGGCUGACAUCAUGGGAAGUUUUCCAUCUGCCCAUUUCCGACCACUUAAACAGGUAAGUCAGGUGAAUCAGAUGAAUCAGGUUGUCCUUUUUAAUGCCUCAGCAUUACAAGGUAUUAACUAUGUAUCUGACGAGGUGAUCUUUUCUGACGAGGAAAAUCAGAUCUCGAACAAGGAGAAAUCAACAAAUCCCUACUGGGGCGUGAAGAACAGUGAGAAGUUCUUCGGAUCUGCGCUUCAAGUCAAUGGUAUCAUAGGAUUUCAAGUGAUCUGCGUUAACCAUGUUCAUGAAAAAAGGCUGAAAGAUGUUUUUCCGACACCCACGGAAAAAUGAAACUGUUUGGAAACUGUAUCGCGUUAGUUUAAGAGCAAUAAAAAUUUUGAAAGUAGUGGAUUGUGAAUGUAGUGGCUUUAAUUUUUUUUGUCUGAUGAAAGCCUUGCAGUUCGAUAGCCUGGGAAAUCAAAAUGUACUCUGCACGAGGAACAAAAGAAGGUACUUAAUAGAUUUUUUAUAUUCAAUGGGUCUUUUGGCUUUUCCUCUUUAAGUGUUGCGAAAGACAACGAACUACCGAGCUCAUGUAAGAUCCAUGAAAUUUCACUGUAAUAUGAUGCAGGGAUAUUGCUCACUUGUUAUUAGAGAGCUAUUUGCAGAGGCCUUCCAUCUGAGCCAUGCUAGAAAUCCAGUACUUGAGGAACACCUUGAAACCCCACGAAGUUGCGAAACCAUAAAUCUUCCCUCGACAUAGUCUGGUGCCAAAAACUGAAAUUUCUUUAAUUAUUUAUGGUUUAUCUUACGUGCAAAGUAAUUAAGUGUUACUUAGCUUCUUAAACGCUUAUUAUAUAGGGUUGUGUUUCGUUGUCGAUUUGUCCUGAGAAAAGAGUGUAACCUACCGGUUACUGUCUUUUAUUGAAUCAGUACUUUUAGUUUCGUUACAGGAUGUAGAAUAUCCAGCUGAGUCGUAUUCUGUAAUGCUCAUUAAUGGGUAAGUUGUGGUUCAAUGUUGCUCCUGUUUUCCUUACGGUUUCAACGAUAUUCACGAUUCAACUAUCCCCGCAGAGAAGAAAAACAUUGGUGAAAUAGGAGAAGAGGGUAAAAGUGGACCAGGACUUAUCCAAACAACUGAAAUAGGACAAAGAAUUGUUUUCAUUCGACCUCAAUCGAAGUAUGCGCAAUUUUAAGUUUAGAUAUCCUUCCCUGAUUUACUUUAAGUUUCUGAUGCAGUGGCAAGUGUUGCAGGGUUUAGGUUUUUUGCUGACGUGGAAUUGACCUAUAGUUUACUCAUCCAAUUCCAUGUGUUUUCUUAGGGAGUAGAGAAAACUGCCCCAAAUUGAAGGAUAGAAUAAAGACAAUUCGUACUUUUUAAUCUUGUUCUCGUAGUCUGAGCUUUUUCUCUGAUGUUGCAAUUGUUACUUCGGCUCUAAAAAAUAGCAAUAACAUCAGUUAAACAGUUAUUUCUUUAAGGUUAAUAUAGCAAUUUCUCAUGCUUAAUAUGCUAAUAGGAAUUCUGUCAUUUUUAAGACUCUGCCAACUUCAUGUAUAAUCACAUUAGCAGCGGUUAUGGUUGUUAGAAACUGCACAAAAACCCAAAAAAAGGCAAAAAAGGGGCAGUCGUAAAGUUCUUCAAAGUAGCUCGGAGGUGAAUAGCCGAGUAUACUCGGAGUUUGAGUAGACAAUUAGAGCGUGCCUUCAACGAUAUUCACUGUUUUAGUGUAGACUGAUAGCGAACAUAGCAAUUUGAAGUCUUACUCCAAAUACUUUUACUUAAAGCUAAUCCUGUGAUUUUAGGUUAUACAUAGUUACAGUUACUUUAGUUGAAAAAUUCGAAUCGAUCCUACCUAAUCAAAGAGGGAAUAACACCAUUUACAAAAUAACUUCCCGCUCACAUCACGACUUAUCGCUAAUGGACAAACCACGCUAUCCUCUCUAUAGCGUUUCAUCGUGCGGUGGAUGGAGUUGAUCUCUCUUGAAACAGAAGGGGUAAGACUUAUUUCACAGUAGUUGUCACAUGAAUUCCUUUUUCUUCCCAAACCUAUUUUGUAAGCUUUUUUUUGAUUUUGUUUUUUAGUUUUUAUAAAU